AUGCCCCCAACACUCUCUGGAGGGACCCCCUGGACCUCACACAUCUUACCCCUGAUUCUGCCUCUGUUCCUGGGUGCCCUUCACUCUGCCGACCCCUGCCCUUCUCCAUGCUUAUGUGCCAGCGACAUUAUCUCCUGUAGCAACCAAAAUCUCUCUUCCCCUCCUCUCAAAAUCCCUGGCUACUCCUCACGCUUAGAUUUGAGCCAUAACAUCAUCGAGAUCUUGUCUAGUUCCUGGACUUCCCAAACUCUUCAUCGUCUGACAACUUUGACCCUGAACUGGAAUUUUAUUUCUGAAAUCCAAGAAAAUGCAUUUGCUCUAACUCCUUACCUCACCCAUUUAGAUAUCUCAUCCAAUCAGCUUGCAGUAUUGAACGCAACCAUGUUUACUGGCUUAAAAGAGCUUCAAGAAUUGCUACUGUUUGGGAACCAAAUUUCCCACAUAGAAAAAAACACAUUUCAAAUCUUGGUACAUUUGCAAAGACUGUACCUUUCUGGGAAUUUGCUUACAAAGUUUCCUGUUGAACUUUAUGAAGAGCAAAAUGGACCUACAAAUUUGACUUUUUUAGAUUUGUCAGCCAAUCGCUUAUCACAGUUGCCAGUACAAAAGUUGCUAUCUUUACAUGACAAAAGUGGGAUUUAUUUGCAAGACAAUCCUUUAGUUUGUGAUUGCCCUGUACAAGCACUCAUGGAGUAUUGGACAUGGAAGCAGUACCGACCCAUAGUAGAUUUUGGGUCGGGGUGCAAAGGCAGACAGGAUUUUGAGUGUGGUCUACAGGAAAACCCAACCAUUCAAGAUGAAGAAGAUGUUUAUGAGUAUCACGUGGACCCCGGGAGAGAGCUUUCAGUACCAUGUCCAGGAAUCUCAACUGCCAAGGAGGGUGCACUGGUUUACUGGCUCACACCCCAUACAGUGUUGAAUUCCUCUGAGUAUAAUUCAAGCAAAGGCCCAACUCAGCGCUUCAUGGUUUUCCCCAAUGGCACUCUAGAGAUCUACUCCGCCCAGGUGGAGGACUCUGGGACGUACAGCUGCGUUGCCUCCCGUGGCCGCCAUCUUGGAUCAGGCGAAUCGCUGGAAAUUACUAUUAUGGUUGGAAACUCAAGUCUGACCACUUCUGAAGACAAAAACGGCCGUAGCUCGGAACACUUCAACACGGCCUUCACUACGCUAGCCUCCUGCGUGGUUAGCAUCAUCCUGGUGUUGCUGUAUCUAUACUUGACGCCUUGUCGAUGUGGUAGAAAUGGGUGGCGCUGUGGUGGGCGGGCCAUAGUUGUCUGUUCAGAUCCGAGAGAGGUGGAGGCGGGACAAAGACGAGCCAAUGGGAAGAGAGUGGCAUUUUUGGAGCCACAGUUGGAGGGGUGUGAUAGAAAUGGGGCACCAAAAAGUCCAGUUUUGACCCCUGGAUAUGCUGGGACAGAGGGUAUACUGAAGAAUGGAUCUAGGACAGUGGGACAGACCUCCACAGACUCAACUCACCCAGAAUAAUGGAAUAUUUUUCUAAAGACUUUUAUUUGGUUCUUGUAUUCUUUCUAUCCACUGUGAA